GGACUAUCGGACCCGCGGACUAAGGGACACGCGGACUAUCGGGCUGUAAUCCAAUCACCGAUGUUACAUAAGUCCUAUUUAUACGACUAUCGGAACACCGUUUUUUCUUGUUUGUGCAUAUUUGUGAUGUAAAUCAUCGAUAUAAAUUACGAUAACAAAAUCUUGUAUAUUCUGUCUGGAUUCCCCCUGUUAUUAAGAAUAAGAGAUGGCAACCUCGACAUGUAUACGCAAUUUAACGAAGUCAUUUUCGCAACCCAAAUUAAAAGAGCUGGGCCUGGGAAAAAGAACCGUGUGUUCAACUAGUUCAUUAUUAGCCGCAGAAUCAACAAGGGUAGAUACAGGUGUGAACAGGACUGGAAAAACUAAGGUACUAUAUGAUGGGGAAUGUCCACUUUGCAUUCAGGAGAUAAAACUUGUGAAGUACCUUAACAAGAACAAAGAUGUUAUCCACUUUGUUGACAUCUCUCAACCAGGAUACAAUCAGAUGGAACAUAACAAUAUUCCUUUAGAUGAAGCCUUGGGUAUCAUGCAUGUUAUAGGACCAGAUAACACAGUGCAUAAGAAGAUAGAUGCUGUUGAUGCCAUGUACAGAGCUGUAGGUUGGGGUUGGGCAACCGGUUUCAUGAAAUGGCCAAUAUUUGCUGGAUUAUUUGAUAGAGGCUACAUGUGGUUUGCACGCAACCGACUUCGACUGACUGGUCAGCAGUGUAGGGAAGGGAAUUGCAAGAUUCCUGAUGCAUGAUCUCUGUUGAGUUUACUUAUUUCACUUCAAUUCAAAUUAAUUUCAAAUCGGCUUGACAAUAGCAAUAAGUACCUUAUAGACAUAUUCAAAUGAUUCAGUAUGGAAAUGGACAUUCAAUUUAUCAAAAUGAAAUGAAUAUAAGAUUAAAAUAUAUGAUCAGUAUAUAUGCCUACAGAUAUCAAUAUCCAAAAUGAAUCUUUGUGCACUCUUGCUGCACAUUGAAAUGUGGGUUUUUAGAUGAAUAAAGCCUGUUGUCAUAUACAAUUUAUGCCUUGCAAUGCAUUUCUGUAUAUUUUCUUGAUUCCCAAAUUGUUUAUGUUGGGGGGGGGGGCACUUACAUAUAUUGGUGGUAAGGGGACAUGCCGCUUUGAUGACCCUCCUUUCCAGACCUUAUUUUCAGUUCUCUAGAUACUCCUAAUGACAGAAGUUAAGUUCAGAAGCUACGCAGCUCCCUACAUAUAACCCCCAUUUCGGAGUUUUGUGAGGCACACCCCCAUCAAAAAAUCAUUUGAGUGCCCCCCCCCCCCCCACCCGUGGGUAUAGGUAAAAUGAAUCUCGCAAGAAAAAAAAAGAAAAAAGAAGAUGGUUAAGUAAACUUUCUUGAUCUGGUAGAGAUCCAAAUUUCCUGUAGUAACAUCUUUUUCCUCAUUUAGACAGUAUAAAUUGUUUGUAUAGGGAAUCAAAUGAGGCAUUCAUGCUUGGGGAAAAUGAACAAAAAUGCAUAACUUCGCUGAAUGUUAAUAUUAAUUAAGCAGCAAAGUAAGGUGAAUAUUCAUCAUUACUAUUGAAUCACCAUGCAUAUAUUAUCAUGCAUUAUGUUAUAUAUCUCUAG